AUGGCACCAGGAGCAAUCGACUCGCAUACUGCGGAUUUUGUCGUCCCCAAGAAGGACACAUUGGGAUUGCCCGAGCCAGCGUUGAAGCGCUUGACGAGCGCUGGGAUCGACCUGUCAGAAGGCUAUCCAUAUCGCCCUCAUCGACCAUUGUACCUCCAAGACGUGUAUAACAUCAGAAACGAAGAGCGAAAAUAUAUCGAAGUUGGUGCUCGCGCUGACAAGUCCAAGAAGGCGCUCUUUUCUGCCGCGACCAAGGUCACCGACCUUACCACACAUAUUGGCACCGAAAUCGAAGGACUUCAACUCAAGGAUCUAACAGACCAACAAAAGGAUGAACUUGCUCUAUUGAUAGCUGAACGCAGUGUCGUGUUCUUUCGAGACCAGGAGAUCUCCCCGCAACAGCAAAAAGCGCUUGGAGAAUAUUAUGGUGAAGUCGAGAUUCAUCCUCAAGUGCCUCAGGUACCAGGAGUGCUCGGAGUUAGCGUCAUCUGGCCGGCUCUGCAAGCGACCGAAGUCACACCUAGCUUCCGCAGACCUGGUGGCGCCUCGCGAUGGCAUACGGAUCUUGUUCAUGAGCGACAGCCAGCUGGUAUAACCCACCUGCACAACGACACUGUUCCGCCCACGGGUGGCGACACACUUUGGGCAAGUGGGUAUUCAGCUUAUGAAAAGCUGUCGCCAGACUUCCGCAAAUACAUUGAUGGUAAGCAAGCUGUGUAUCGGUCGGCUCACCCAUAUCUCGACCGAGAGAAUCCGAAUGCUGGACCUCAGUACAUUGAGCGCACUCAUCCAUUGGUUCGUGUCCAUCCAGCGACUGGGUGGAGGGCUCUAUGGGUGAAUAGGGCCAUGACGAGCAGGAUCGUUGGUCUGGACAAAGCCGAAAGUGAUCUCAUCCUGGGAUACCUCUAUGACGUCUAUGAGAGGAAUGUCGAUAUUCAAGUGAGGUUCAGAUGGACACCAGGCACAAGCGCACUCUGGGAUAACAGAAUCACCAUCCAUAAUGCUUCAUGGGACUACGGCGGCAACUAUCCGCGUCAUGGGACCAGAGUCACUUCCCUUGCGGAAGUCCCAUACUUUGAUCCCAAUGCGCCCACGAGACGAGAAGCGCUGGGACUGCUGGACCCAGAGGAGAAGCAGGUGGAUGGAAUAUUGGUGGAGACGUGAUCGACGGAGAGGAUCGUGCGAAGUCGGUGGAUGCUCGUGAUUCGCGGUUGCCAAACCUACAGGUGCGAAAGGUACCAUAGUAUGUUGAAGGCUACAAGACCCGGUCCUGCCGAACCAUUGUUAUGAUAACACGCUUUCGGUCGGCUGUGCCAUCAUGCAGGGAAUCGUCGAGAAAAUGUCAACCAAGCAUAACCGCGCAAUAUAAGAAACCUUCGUGAAUGUAGAGUGAUAUUUGCUUUGGAUAAAAU